AUGUUGCUCGGAGUUAUGCCCGAAGAUAGCGUUCCUGAGGGACUUCUUGUGCCCACCGCGAAAAGCCAGAGAGCGACGGACUUUUCAAUCGCUGCUAUUAUGGCUAGAGGCGCUACGCCUCCCGAAAGUGACAACACUAGAGAACCACAAACUGAUGGACGACUUUCGCGAUUAAGCUCUCCAGAUCUCGACGAUCCACUAGAAGACGAUGAUGUUGAGGUCGAUGUUGAAGAAUGCUCAGAUAGUGAAUUAUCCCGAGUGAUAAAACCAAAACUGUUAAGACAAAGUCCAGCAAUAUCCGACUGUGGUUCAGAAACUGCUGAUUUAGACCGAGAUUCUCCCGAUAUUGUUCCAGAAAAGAGUCUGCCGAAAACGCCUAAAAUACUAUGUAAUUGUGAAGAAUUGUUAAACGUAGAAUGUCAUUUAGAAACUAAAGAUCUUUGGGACAAGUUUCACGAAUUAGGAACUGAGAUGAUAAUUACCAAAACUGGGAGGUGCUUAGACUAUUUUGAAAUCCCAAUUGAGUUUCGUAACCUUUUGUAUAUUAUAGCACGUAUCACUUUUAAGUAG